GAGGUGUGGAUACCCAUGUGGCUCUUUGACCGAUGCUUCGACAAGGGCACAUCCAUCCAAUGAAUGCCAGGGUUGACCCUUCCAUCGGGCUCGGUCGUUGCACAUUUGCACCCACAGGCCCGCCCUCCGCCUACCUUUCGACCAUCUUCCGCAACUUUCCGCCAGGAGCGGUGGGCGAAAAGGGCCGUCAAUGGUGUGACCACUUGGUCAAGAGGCAUAAGAAAGGUAAAAGAAAGCUGCAAAACAACCACCGAUUCAUGCACAGAACGAGCCCAACCCGGUGUUCGGUGCCGGAAACCUCGAGGGCAAAGGGAACGGCUUCAAAACGCCAUGUGUACCCCCACUGAUUCCGGAUUGAGCAGCAACAAACUAAGCAGACCUUGACUUUCGAAGGACCCUGGACUCGAGAGUCAAUCGAGAGUCUCAUCAAUCAUUGUGUAGAGAGCACCGAAGUCUGAACAUGUUACACUGCGCUGUGUG